CGAAAACUCCAUCACUGCGUAUGUCAACGUUGGAGCCCACUGGUUCGCACAACAUUGUCCGAGCGAGGCAUAUUCUCGUAGAAACCGAAGGCAUGGCGGAUACUUUAUUAGAACAGUUGAAAAAUGGUCAACACUUUGCUGAAUUGGCCAAAGCUGUUUCUCGUUGUCCUAGUAAGGAACGGGGUGGUGAACUUGGUUGGUUUCGUCGUGGUACUAUGGUGGCUUCUUUUGAAGACGCUUGUUUUCAAGGCAAACCGGAUCAGUUGAUAAAAAUACAAACAGAAUAUGGUUGGCACGUGAUUCAAGUACAAGGGCAAGCUAUAGAACCUGGAAGUAUCACAGUGGAAGAUUUUGCAAAGAUAUAUCCGCAUCAGAUAAGCCACGUCCAACUGGUGGAUGUACGUGAGCAAAAUGAAUUGGAAUUGGCACGACUCGACCACUUCUUUCAUUUGCCAUUGGGAGAAUAUGAAAAGUGGGCGGAACAAGUGGAGUCUGGAGAGUUGUUGGACAAGGAGAAAGAAACUAUCGUUAUGUGCCAUCACGGAAUACGCUCUGCACAAAUGUGUUCCUACUUGGCACAACAAGGGUUCUUAAAAGUCCGCAAUCUAAUCGGUGGAAUUGACGCGUAUGCUCACCAAGUGGAUCCCAGCAUUGGUGUUUAUUGAUUCCUUUUCACUAUAUCUGAUAAUAAAUCCCACAACCUUUGAUUGUUUUUUUCUAUCCAUCUACCAGCCAAUAUACGACAUGCCCUUUGU